AUGACCAUCACCUAUGCGCUGAUCCAAAUGCUGGAGAAGGUGGCGGAGAAGACCAACCGCGCCCGCAUCAUCACCAAGGCCGAGGUCUUCAAGCUGCUCCAGAAUGGCCCUGCUGUCGUAGGUUGUGAGUAUAAGAAGGCCGGCAAGGUCGUGAAAGAGUUCGGGCCCAUGAUCCUCGCAUCCGGCGGCUUCGGUGCGGACUUCGGCGCGGAUUCGCUGCUGGCCACCUACAGACCGGAUCUCCUGCAUCUUCCUACCACCAACGGCGAGCACUGCACCGGUGAUGCCAUCAAGAUGGGCGAGGCUGCCAAGAAGCAGGAGAAGGACCCCGAUGGCGGCCCGUUUCCGGCCUACCCAUCGGGCAAGACUUGGGACGAGCCCAGUGGCAAGACCGGCAGCGGAAAGAAGUUCUUCCACAACAUCAUCGACGGCUCCAAGGUGCCAACCGAGCCCUUCUAUGUUGCCAUCAUCACCCCGGUGAUCCACUACUGCAUGGGUGGCUUGGAGUGCACCGUCGACGCCGAGUGCAUCGACAAGAAGACCGGCAAGCCCGUCCCUGGCCUCUACGUGGCGGGGGAGGCAGCAGGCGGCAUCCACGGCAACAACCGCCUGGGAGGCAACUCGCUCUUGGACUGCGUGGUCUUCGGCCGCGUGGCCGGGAAGGCUGCCUGCAAGUUCACCUUCGGUGCCGGCGAGAAGUUCCAGCCCUGCCCGGUCCCGAAAGAGCUCAAGGAGCUCUCCAAGUGA